CAGAACUAAAUAGACGCUUUUCCUCUCCACCCCAAUGCCUCUCCCCAAAUUUCCCUUCCUUUCAAAUAGAAUUCACUGGAAAGCCAAUAUUCUCCAAUAUAAACCAAUACCCCCAGCACUGUCAACAAUCAUGAUCUCUACUGUUCCCCGUAAAAUCCAAUGCAAGGCUUCGACCACUAUUGUUUCUGAUCAAAACAAUGCUUCUCGUAGAUCUGCAAAUCACUUUCAACCUUCAAUUUGGGAUUAUGAUUAUAUCCAAUCAAUAAGAAGUGAUUUUACGGAAGAAUCAUAUCUAGAAAGGAAUGAUCGGCUGAAGGAAGAAGUGAGAGUGAUGCUCUUGACUUUGACAAAUCCUGUGGAACAACUAGAGCUCAUUGAUGACAUGCAAAGACUGGGGGUGGCUUCUCAUUUCAACGCAGAGAUAAGGAACAUAAUGCAAAAGAUUUACAAUAAUGGCACAUCAAAGAUAAAUGACAAUUUAUAUGCCAUGGCUCUUCAAUUCAGACUCUUAAAGACAACAAGGCUACUAUAUUAUAAAGUUCACAAAAAUCACAUCACUACUGAGAAUGUAAUUGCGUGGUUAUUUUCAGAGUCAUUUGAUGGAUUCCUGGAUGGGAAAGGUAAUUUUCAUUCUUCCCUUUCGGGUGAUAGCAAGGGUAUCCUAUCUUUGUAUGAAGCUUCUUUUCAUUCGGUGGAGGGAGAAAUAGUAUUGGAUAAAGCAAGAGAGUUCAGCUCAACUCAUCUCAAAGGAUUUGUGAACAAAAGCAGUGAAGAUGAUGAAAUAUCACUCUUGGUUAGUCAUGCCUUAGAGCUUCCACUACAUUGGAGGGUAUCAAGAUUAGAAACUCGAUGGUUCAUCGAUGUUUAUGAAAGAAGACUGAACAUGAGCCCUACUCUGCUGGAGCUUGCUAAAUUGGACUUCAACAUCAUACAGGCUACCCACCAAGAGGAUAUGAAACAUGCAUCAAGAUGGUGGAAAAGAACUCAACUUGGAGAAAAGCUGAGUUUUGCAAGGGAUAGAAUGGUUGAGAACUUCCUUUGGACCCUGGGUUUGGCUUUUGAGCAGCAACUUGGAAAUUUUAGAAGACUGAUGUCAAAGGUUAAUGCAUUGAUAACUACAAUCGAUGAUAUUUACGAUGUUCACGGCACUUUAGAAGAACUAAAACUUUUCACAGAAGUGGUUAACAGAUGGGAUAUAAAUGCCAUGGAUGAACUUCCAGACUACAUGCAAGUAUGUUUUCACGCACUUAGUAACUUUGUCAAUGAAGUGGCUUUUGACUUUCUCAAAGAAAAUGGACGCAACAUCCUUCCACAACUUAAGAAAGUAUGGGCUGAUCUCUGUAAAUCAUAUAUAGUUGAGGCAACAUGGUAUCAUAGUGGUUAUAAACCCAGUUUCCAUGAGUACCUAGAAAAUGCAAGGAAUUCAAUUGGUGCACCAGUCAUACUUUUCCAUGCUUAUUUUUGCCUUCCUGAUUCAACGAACGAGGAGGACUCGAUUCCAUUAGAAGAAUAUUCUAGUGUUAUUCUCUGUUCAUCAAUAAUUUUACGCCUUGCAAAUGAUUUAGGAACAGCUAAGAGAGAAAAAGUGACUGGCGACGUACCGAAAUCAGUUGAGUGCUAUAUGAAUGAAACUGGAGUUUCUGAAGCUGAUGCUUGCGGGCACAUAAAUUCCUUGAUUUGUGGAACUUGGAAGAAGUUGAAUAAAGAAGUUAGCAAUUCUUCCUCUUAUAAUUCAAGGAGUUUCAUUCAAGUUGCUGUGAACCUUGCAAGAAUGGCACUCUACAUGUACCAACAUGGAGAUGGCCAUACUGUUCAAGAUGAUGAAACUAAGUAUCAGAUAAUAUCACUUCUUUUCCAGCCUAUUGGAUGAAUUUAUAUGCAACGAGUCUAUUUAAUUUGCUUAUA